AUGAACACCCAAGGCAAAAGAAACAGGACGGAACAGACACACGUAGCACUGAGACCUGGAGGCAGACAGCAUGAGGAUGGGAUACACGUGGAGACAGCUGGAGCAGAAAUCCCAAGAUCCAGACGCUUGGAGAUCUCUUGUUGGCUGCCCAUGCCCAAGGAGGGCACAAGCAACCUUUUCCCCAUCUGCCCGUCUGAGAGCAGAGAACUGGAGCUCGCCGGCAGCAGCGAUUGUGGCAUUAAGUAA